UUGUUGCCUCUUCUGAAAUUAAGGAGCAGCAAACGAAAUCAGACAAGGGCAGCAAACAGGAGCCGUCACUUCCCUGAAGCACGUGGAUAAACUGUGGAUCUCCCUGCUGCAGGACACUGUGAGUGCCAGAAUUGCAUUGCUUCACUCCAGAAAUAUCUGUACAAGCACCCAGCUAUUAGUCACUGAAACCUAACCUCUGGCUUGAGAAGUCACAACUCUCUGGAUGCCAGAAGACACUGUUAAGGAAAAUAUUGCUGCGUGCUUGCCACGCUUUUGACGUCUGCUCUGGUGUUGAUGAAUAGGGGCUAGCUAGCCCUUCAGACUGAGCCGGUCCAGCUGAUCAUGUGUGAUGUGUCACAGUUGGAAGAAGACGCCGCCUUUCUGCCCCUCCUUUGCUGCUUGGCUUCAGGAAACGCAAAGGAGACAGGUAUCUUCGGAACUCCUCCUCUGCUGCUUUGAUGCUCCUAGCCAAGACUAUCCCCAGAGAGGCUGAAAAAUUACAGGGAGAUCAAAGCCUCCCUUAGGGAACGGCAAAAUAAAUAAACCUUAUCAGAGAGAGACCACCCAGCACAGGGACGGGUUUUGCCUCCCUCUUCCCCACCUCCCCAUCGACAGAGCGGGUGCCCUUGGACCCGGCCGGGCGCGGGGAGGCGCCGGGAGCGGGAGGAGCGGGGCACACCCGGCCGGUCAGCCUCGCCAUGCGGGUCCCCCCGCCCGCCCUGCUCUGCUGCUCGGCCGCCGGCCUGCUGCUGCUGCUGCUGCGAUGGCGGCGGCGAAGCGGGCUCUGGAGGAAGGUGAAGGAGGCGCGGCAGAGGCAGGAGCGGAGCUUGGUGCAGAUGGAGAUGGCUGUACGGCGCUUUCGGGAGCAGCAUCCAUCCGUGAACAUGAUCUCCAUCCUCCCUCUGCCUUUGCCGGAGCUCUGCAAGAAACUCCAGGAUGGCUCCCUCCCUCCGGACCAUGUCUUCUAUGCCUACGUGGGCAAGGCCCUCCAAAUCGCCACGGAAACCAACUGCAUCACAGAGUAUCUGCAGGAAAGCGAGACCCAGCUCCGGAAAGCGAAGCUGACAGGGAAGCUGGGUUUGCUCUACGGGGUGCCUGUCAGCAUCAAAGACUCCAUUGACUGCCAGGGCCAUGAUUCCACAUUAGGGUUUAUAAAAAACCUCAAUAAACCCGCGGCAGAGGACAGCGUGGUGGUGCAGGUGCUCAGGAGACAGGGGGCAAUUCCGUUUGUCAAAACCAAUGUUCCCCAGUCCCUCAUCAGCUAUGACUGCAAGAACUUAAUCUUUGGUCAGACAUUCAACCCUCUGCUCUACACUAGAAGCCCCGGAGGCUCCUCUGGUGGAGAAGGGGCACUUAUAGGAGGAGGUGGGUCCAUCCUGGGCUUUGGGACAGAUGUAGGAGGGAGUCUGCGUUUCCCUGCUGCCUUCUGUGGGAUCUGUGCACUCAAACCUACCGGGAACAGACUGAGUAAAAAAGGAAUCAUUUCUGGUGUCCUUGGGCAGAAGGCAGUGGUCGCAGCAGUGGGGCCGAUGGCAAAAGAUGUGGAGAGCCUGGCGCUGUGCAUGCGGGCGCUCCUGUGCGAGGACAUGUUCAACCUGGACAGCACAGUGCCCCCCCUUCCCUUCAAUGAAGAGGUGUUUUCCAGCACGCAGCCCCUCCGCAUAGGCUACUAUGAAACCGAUUUCUUCACCAUGCCAAGCCCUGCCAUGAGACGUGCCGUCCGGGAGACGAAGCAGCUGUUGGAGGAUGCUGGCCACACGCUGGUGCCCUUUGAACUUAUGAAUGUGGACUAUGUGAUCUUUAACUUCUGUGUCAGGGGAAUGUUUGCAGAUGGUGGUGCCUCCUUUCUCAAGAAAUUCAAAGGGGAGCUGGAGAAAAGCAGCAUGGGGCUGUUCCUCUGGUUGGCAAAGUCACCGCACUGGCUAAAAACUCUCCUCUCCUGGAUUGCCAAACCCUUUGUGCCUCGAUUUUCACAUAUCGUAAGAAGCAUGAGAACAAACACAGUGGAUGAAGUCUGGAGUCUUCAUCAUGAAAUUGAGGAGUUUUGUCACCAGUUCACCGCCCAGUGGAAGAAGCUGAAUCUGGACGUCAUGCUUUGUCCCAUGCUGGGCCCGGCUCUCGGCAUCGGCUACCCUGGGAAGCUCUCAGUGGCAGUCAGCUACACCAUGCUCUACAACGCCUUGGACUUCCCCGCCGGCGUGGUCCCCGUCACGAUGGUGACGGACGAGGAUGAGGAGGAGCUAAAGAGCUACAAGGGGUACUUUCAGGACUGGUGGGACCGGACCCUGGCAAAGGCUUUUCACGGCAGCGUGGGGCUGCCGGUGGCCGUGCAGUGCGUGGCCUUGCCGUGGCAGGAGGAGCUGUGCCUCCGGUUCAUGAAGGAGGUGGAGACACUCAUCCUGAAGAAAAACAGGAUUGUCUGAGUCCCGCAUGCUCGCCCGGAGCAGGAUCCCAGCUCACAUCACCACAGGUCGUCCUUUGGUCUGACUUGCCCCCAGGACUCGUGUUCCCCUCCGUGAGGAUGCGGUGAUGGCUGUGCUGGCUGCUGGCUUUGGGGUGCAAAGGGAAAGCGAGGCGAGCUCUGCAGUGGUGGAGCACUUCCAAUCAUUGUCCUAAUACAGUAUGUUUUGUUAUCAGAAA